ACUCAUUUAUCCCUUCUAUACUGGGAACUGUUUCAGUUGCGUGAUCCCUCAGAUCCACCUGAGCAUCGUGGCUUUUAUCGGGAUCAACGUGAAAAGCCCGUGGGUAUGAGUGCACAAGGCACACCUCAGUCUGGCUAUUCCAUAUCGCCACCAGAAAGGCCCGUGAACACCGCGUUACGAUCACGAGACAGUCCCGGACUUGAUCUGUACGAACGAUCCGGCCUGGAACCGGAAGGGAACGGGACAAGUUGGACUCGUUCUGGCUCUCGACCUCGAAAAUUCCGGCGUGUCGAGUCUCAUGAUGAUGGAAUUGGAACUUAUCCCGCUCGACUCCUGUCUAGCAGUUCUUCCGAUCAGAGCGAUUCAAAUGCAGAAGCUGACGAAGACGACGACGAUGAGGAUGGUGCGGAAAAUUCGGCGGAUGAUUCAUCUUUGAUGUUGUCCGCCAGACGUCGUCCAGACCCACGCUCGACACAAUCACAUCCCGUUCAAACAGCGCAGCCGCUCACACCCACCUCAGACCAAAAACGCAGACGAAAACAUCUGGGCCUACCGAUUUUACGGCCAGACUGUGUGGGUAUCUUGUCGCACACGGUAUUCAUUGGGCAUUUGCACAAACAAUUGGCUGAAAGUCGUCUACAGGCUCUGUGUGCCGAGGUGGCUGAGGGACCGGUGGUGGACUGUAAUUUUAUCCCGCCACGUGGAUGUGCUUUUGUCACAUUUGCCACUCGCCGUGCAGCACACCGUGCUGUGACUCAAAUGGAUCAGUCCACCAUGAACGGACGACAAAUCAAAGUGGCCUGGGCACCCAACCGGGGCAUAAAAGAGCACGAAGCGUACUGCAAAGCCUACUGGGAUGUGGAAGAGGGCUGCACUUAUCUACCCUUAUCCGAGGUCACCAAACUGACACGCCCACAAUUAGACGAGUUGCUUGAGGGAUACGGUGAGGUGGAUGAAGAUUCUGUGGCUGAUGCACGACUACGCGACCUCAUUCUUACUCCAACCGUGAUUCCAGCCGCACGAAAUUCCGGUGGCUUCAUAUCGGGUGGCAAGCAUCGUAGCGGGCAACGACACCACAAUUCUCGUAACCGUCAUGGAACAUCAAUUUCCUCAUCUGCUUUUUCCACUUUACCACAACUUCCAACACUUCCGGCUAUAGUUCAGUGCACUACACCGACUGUUUUGCGUCCAUCGGUUCCCACGGCUACUGUGCCGUUGAUUGUUCCCGUGGCGACUCCUCCACUUCUGAUCAACACUUCAGUUACGGAUGGUGCUUCAUCUGAUUUCCAAGGUGCCAAUUCCGUUUCCGCUUCUGGUGCUACUGCUCCAAUAUCUGGCUCACCUAGCAUGCAACCACCACCCGCUACGGGGGCCGUGACUUUACCACCCCAAUCAGUCCCCUCCAGACCAAGUGUUUUUCCUGGAGGUUUUCUUCAUCCACGGCCUGUUCACUCAAUGGAUUCGGGCUACGCAUCAUCCGGCCCACAAGGCAAGUCAUUCACCACUUUGGUUCACAUUGUAGCAGACAGAAACUGCAAUGUUGUAUGCAUGUGGCCAACACCUUCGAUGUCGAUGGGUCCACAACCCGGUCCAUUUCCUUCCCGUACCCACGCACCUUAUCCUACAUCCGGUCCUGUACGUAGCAACAGCCACAUCACUCAACCUACUUCUUGUAGCUUCGGGCCUCGCAUGACGGAACGAUCGGCAGUUGCAUCAAUGGGCCCUAUGCAUCCACGAGCCCCGUACCAAGCUAAUUUCGGUAUGCCUCAACAAAUACGACCCAAUAUGAAUCAAAUGGGGCACCAGCCUGUUGAGUUACGCCCGGCGUACCCACCCCGCAUACCAUGUGGUCCCGGGCCUGCUAUCCGCACAGCUUCCUGGGCCGGAUCAUCAGGGCCCCCAGGAGCAUCGGGUUUUCGUCCCGGUCCGAUGGCAUUCAACGCACCCCCUUUUGGUAGGCCUUCUUUUCAACAACCAAUGCAUCCAAUGGGUCCCGGAUAUCCGCCAGCACGUUUUCCUCCCAGGCCUCGUGGACGUUGA